AUGCCCCAAGAAGAUGGGAAGGCAUUUAUCUGUCAUCACAACAGUUUUUUAAUUUAUGGCUCUCUAAAAGAACCCACACUAAGCAAAUGGGCUCGCAUCACCCAUGUGUCUGUUUCAUUUGCUGUGUUUGUCAGCUUGGUCUUUGCUACAUGUGGAUACCUGACAUUUAAAAACUAUACAGAAGGAGAUAUAUUUGAAAACUACUGCAGAGAUGAUGACCUUGCUACCUUUGGAAGGUUUUGUUAUGGAAUCACUGUCAUCCUAACAUUUCCAAUAGAAUGCUUUGUUACUAGAGAGGGGGUGCUCAGCGCUACUCCCUUGGUCUUCAUUCUGCCUGCUGCCUGCUAUCUGAAAUUGUCUGAAGAGCGAUGGACCCAUUCAGAUAAUCUCCUGUCUGGCCUGAUCCUUGCCGUUGGUGUGCUAGUUAUGAUAGUUGGCUUUGUGAUGACUGUCCUUCAUCCCCAGGAAUGCAGCCAUGGAAAAGAAAUGCCAUAUUGCUCCUUUGGAAAUGCUUCCUUGUACAAUAAUACAGCCCCGUUUGUUCAGCAGGCCCAACCACCCUAACCAGGAAAUGCCCCCCAAGAAAGCUGUGGGUGGUUGAAAAUGUGGAUUUGGGAAAAAGCUUGUUGUGUUUCAGUCUUUUAAAACACUUUUUGGGAAGCAUCAUAAAAGAUGCACGUUGUCUGUUUAGAACUCUAGCUUGGGGGGUGUUUUUUGGGGGGUUGUUUUGCUACUGUAGACUCACCCUAAAAUUGGAGCCAUAACUAGCCAUGUUGGAGUUUGAGGCAAGUGACACCAUCUCCCUGUCCACUCUUCCUGAAGGCGCUGGUAUGAGCCACCAUCAAGAAGAAAGAAGAGGAGAUGAUAAUGAACCCCCAAAGAAAGACAAAGUUUAUGCUUUCAAAACAAGAAGAUCAGAAAAUGAAUAGGGCUGUGAGGUGUUGCUGAUUAUUUUCCUGAUAUACUCAUCAGUAGAUUCACCUCCAGAUUUCAAGGCCCACUAAGAUCUGUUUGCAGAUUAAAGGAAUCUGUUGCAGCUUCUCCUAUUCAGAUGGCUUUCGUAGGGGGGAGAAUUAUACAGUAUAUAUUUUCCAUUAUGUAACUUCAUUGAUUCUGCUAAAAUUUGGGUUAACAGCUCAUGGAAACUGAGCCCUAUUGUUUAUUUUAUAAAUCAAGUGGUUAUUAUAUUGUGUCUGCAUAGCAGAUGAAUAAUUAAAUCAAAA